CUCGUCCUACAGCAGCAGACUCCAUUCGGAACAUCGGCGAGACCUGCGGAUCCACAAUGGAAAAGAGCCCUUUUGAGGAUGAACAGAUGAAUAGACUUUGGUGCUGUUGACUGGAAACAGCAAUAAAAUGCUGCCUUGGAAAAAGAAUAAGUUCGACCUGAUUGAGCAAGACAAGCAGUCCAAGCAGAAGGGCUAUGCGGUGAGCCUCAACUACUCUGCGCUCACCUCUUUCGCCAAGUCCUGCCCAGAGAGCGCACUCAACAGGGUGGGCAGCAUGUUCAAGUCAAAGAGGAAAAAGGUGAAGAUCACCAGUGAUGAUCCCACAUACACGGUGCUCUACCUGGGGAAUGCCACUACCAUCCAGUCCAAAGGGGACGGCUGCACGGACGUGGCAGUGAGCAAGAUCUGGGGCAAAAGCGAAAUGGGCAAGAACGGUACCAAGAUGAGGCUGACCAUCAGUUCCCAGGGCAUCCGGAUGGUGCAUAUGGACGACAAGGCCAGGAGGCCGGGACACUUGUACUUGCUGCACCGGAUAACCUACUGUGUCGCGGACCCGAGGCUACCGAAGAUUUUCGCCUGGGUUUACAGGCACGAAAUGAAGCACAAGGCCGUGAUGUUGCGCUGCCACGCAGUGCUGGUGUCCAAGCCGGAGAAGGCAAAAGCCAUGGCGCUGCUGCUGUACCAGACCUCGGCCACGGCCCUGGCUGAGUUCAAAAGACUUAAACGGAGGGACGAUGCAAGGCACCAGCAGCAGCAGCUCAUAGGGGAACAAACCAUCCCAUUGGUCCCCAUCAGGAAGCUGCUAAACGGACAGUGUUACUACAAACCACCGGUGGAGCGCAGCCGGAGCGCACCCAAACUGGGCUCCAUCUCAGAGGACUUGGUCGGGGAGGAGGAAGAGGAGAAAGCGAUGCACUUUGAGUGUGAGGACAUUCUGGACACGGACGAGGAUUGUGUUGCCAACGGUAAACAGGAGUUGACUCAGAUUAUUAACGAUUUGGGAGAGAUGAGCAUAGGAAACGAUGUGCGGACUCUGAAAGCUGACCUCAGAGUCACCAGACUUCUGUCUGGAGAGAGCACGGGCAGUGAGUCCUCAAUAGACAGCAACCAGGAGCCCCCACCGGUCACUAACGGGUUUGAAGAGGUAAAGGUGCAGGAAAUUGCCUGAAUAAGUUUAGGCAUUUCUGGGCGCCUCUGUUUUGUUGUCUCCAUAAGAAACAUUUCCUCUGUCGUCAACGUUAUUGGAGAGUGUUUGUCUGGUGCCUCCACGACUAGCUGAAAGGAUCCAGAAAAAAGAGGAUUCUGGGACAAUUGCCGCAUUAAACACACAACUAGGCUACUGAAUGAUGUUUUUAAGAUUGUGUAAACA